AUGACCACUGAAGGCCCUGACCAAGUAGAGGCCGAGAUGGACGGCUUCGGUGAAUAUGUUACUAAGAAGUGGCUAAUUGUGCAUUACACUUUCCUCGGCGAAUAUCAGAAUGGUUAUUCUGAUUGGGGUUAUGCGCAGGUUGGCUAUGGCCCAUCUAGUGAGUGGCUCCGUCACGCUGGCUUCCAGGACUUCCAAGCCACUCCAGAGCAGUCCACUGAACUGGAGCGUCAUUACAAGAAGACUCAGAAGAAGGCCGAUAAAAUCCGCGACUCGGCAUCGGAUGCGUGA